UGAUGACACCGUGGGAUUCCGCGAAAUUGUUUCUUGGAGUUGAGGGAAGUGCCGCUCACAGAGAUAUAGCACAAGUUGACGCAAGUGUGGGAGUGCACAGAAAGGAGGAAUAAACGCAGACACAAGAGCUUGCAGCUCAGUCGGAUAGAGCGGCGUGCUUUAUUGUUCCGGCAAUUAGAAAUAAAAAAAACAACCUCGAGGGAGAAGGAGAGAGGGAGACAUACAAACGGCUAUCUUUCCUGUGGGGGUGUUUAAUCAUCCGCCCUGCAACCUCAACACGAAAAACGCAGCCUUUGCGGAAUAGUCACAUUGAAGACGGCACGUGUGGAUGCUUAACCACAUGUUUCCUUUGGGGACCGCGGUCUGAUCAGCGUCAUCAACAUUGUCGGAUUGUUUCUGGAUAACAGCUCCUGUAGACACACUGUUUCUCUCCUCCACCCGCAGAUCUGCUUUUGGUGAUGUCAGAGGUGGCUGUUUCUGCAGACUGUGACCCCAGCCGACCACAGGGGCGCACAGAGGACAAAGAGAACCAGGAGAACAGGACUUUACUGAUGGUGGCAAUGAUUCUAUUGGACUUGAACAAAUGCAACCCUAACGCCAUCAGUCCCGGGGACAGCAGAUGUCUCGGGGGGAACAGCGAGGUGGAGGAGAAAGUGGAGCGGGGGAGCUGCAGGCUGAGCGCCGGGGACAGCCGGGUUACACCCAAACAGUCCCGGAUCAAGAAGAAGGUGGUGAAGGCGAGACAGGAGUGUCCGGAGAAGAGACACUGCUGUCCCUUCACUGGCUGCGGGAAGGUGUAUGGCAAAUCGUCCCACCUCAAAGCCCACCUCAGGGUGCACACCGGUGAGCGGCCCUUCGAGUGUACCUGGCCUGACUGCGGCAAGAAGUUCUCCAGAUCAGACGAGCUGACGCGUCACUACCGCACACACACGGGCGAGAAGCGAUUCAACUGUCCCAUGUGUGCCAAGUGCUUCAUCAGGAGCGACCACCUGACCAAACAUGCCCGGCGACACGCAGGCUUCCAUCCCAGCAUGCUUCAGGGCUCCAGCGCGGCCAAGAGACGCCGCUGCUCCCUGUCCUUGUCCUCCUCUGACUCUGGAGACCAAAGCCCUGUCGGGGUGUGAGAUACUCUCUCCUUGCUGUGCAUACAUACAUGAAGGUACAUGCAGUAGAAAGAGAGCACACACAGACACAAUGUUUGCACCUUCACACUAAUCCCGUCCAAUCAAUCAGCUCCACCAGCCAGACCACUCUGUAAAACCUUUUUCUAUGCAUGUAACAUGUUGCAACAGCAAACAGAAAUAUAAGUUAUGUAUUCAAACUCGACCCCUGUUACUUCCUGAGAUAAUUGGUAUUUAUUAUUCAGGGUCAAUUUCUAUUUGCUUUGCCAUUUAUUAUCAGUACUUUGUGUUAUUUGUGUUUCUUUCCGCUGGAAUGAUCUGUAAUCUAUUAACCAUUCAUGUUUUAUUAACACUACAUGUGUUUUGCUGCCUCACAAACUUCAUUUACACAAAGAAAACAAAUCAUUACUGAGAUAUUGAAGUGGGUUUAGAUGUUUUGGGAAUGCCCUUUAGUACAUACACACUCAUACUCGUACAGUAACUCGAGUCCAGGACCAGAUGAAUGUACAGUACAGCAGUAUUGUCAUGUAAAUAUAUAAACAGAUUAACUUUCAGAUGGAUGAUUAACUCAGUGUACUGUAGUUUAGUGUUAUUAGAGGAUAAUAAAACAAAGCUAUUAUAUAGAGGAUGACAGAGUUUUUUGUAUUUUAUAGUGAUAUAUAUCGGGCUAUGGACUUGUAGGGUAUAGUUUGCUUGUACAGUUUCUUGGGUUGGGCGUCACAUCACGAUUAAGUUACAAAUAAUUAACCUUUACACAAAGGCAAACCUUGUAGGGAAAUACAUUUAAAACAUUUGCAAUGCUUUUCCAGGCUUGAAUGUUAACAGUGCAGGGAUUAACACAACAGGGUUAAACCUUUUAAAAGGGAAAAUGAUAUAUAAUGAUACAUAUUUAGUAUUAAAAAAAGAGGUCUGUGCCUUUUUUCAGAGUUUGUUUUUAGCAGAGAGGAUUUUCUACAUCUUGGAAAAUCUUCAUAUUCUAUAUAUUGAUAUUCAAACACUUGGAAUAUCAAUGACUGUCUGUAAUGCCAACCGUGCCAGUUGUUCAUUGAACUACCUUUUGUUUACUCUGUAUCUGGACUGCAUUUCAUCAGGGAAUAAUGUGAUGCAUUACCCCCCCCCCCCUUUUUUUGUGGAGACAUGGAAGCACAACAUUUCAACAGGAAGUCAUAAAACCUUUUUUUAUUUCUAUUUUACAUCGUAGCAUUUUGAGGCAAGCUCUUUGUUAUUAGUUUAUGAAUUCCAUCCUGAAGCAUGUUUGUAUGUAUUUGUUUGGUACAUAGAUUUUUCUAUUUGUUUGGUAAUCUUUUAUAACGUAACCAACGGGGUGAGAGAACCUUUUCGUCCACUACUGGAGCUAGAAACAUUGUUGAUUGUCUUUUUACAAAUGCUACAUUAAAACGUCCAGAUAGAGUUAAGUUAGGUGUAGUAAAGCUUGUAGGACAUGUAUUUGUACAAUGCUGUUGUUUUUAUUUUCAUGGCAUUAUGACAACUGUGAUUAGAUGUUGGUGCCUUUCAGGUCGACGCCUUUACUUCUGAUGCUACUGUAAUCAGGGACUGUCAACGCAGAGCCCAUGUUAUCGCAAAAAUACAUAGCUGUGUAAUAAUUACUGCUCAAAGGUUUUAACAUUAAAAUUAUUUUUCUUUCUAAA